AAUUAGCAGCGUCAAACUGCUCAACAGGGAGACCACGGCAUGCCUCCGCGACAGCUUUCGCACUUUCGUUCUGGGCUGCAAACAAGGGGACCGAGUAUGGAACCCUGAAAAGUCACAUCACGCGGAGCAGCCCUGGCCAGGCCGGGACUUUGUGGCGCACUGGGGCGGGCCCGGCCCCUGGCGCAGCCUCAGCCUGGCCCAACGUCACAGGCUGCUGUGCCUAGCGGCCUCGUCGGGCCACCUGCCCAGCCUGGACGCGGCGCUGGCGCACUGCGGCUGCACUCUGACCUCAGGGGCUCUCACUUCAGCAGCGGCCGGCGGCAGCGUGGCGGCUUGCGAGCGGCUGCUGGGCGCGGGCGCUCCCGCGAGUUGUGAGGUGGCAGCGGCGGCGGUUGGCCACAUGCCCGUGCUGCGGCUGCUGCUCGACCGCACAAGGCUAUCAACAAUAGAGUCAUUGUACACCACAAGCUGCACGGCGGCAGCACGGGCGGGCCAGUUGCCGGCGCUGCAGCUGCUGCUGGAUUCGCCAGCAAGCGGUGCUGUCCGUGCACGGGUCCUUCGGGAAGUCGCUGCUGGCGCCUGCGCGGGCGGGCAGCGAGACAUCCUCGCUUGGCUGCUGAAGGCGCACGGCUACAGCCCCAGUCUGGUAGACGCCGUAGCGGCGGCGCGGGGGGGUCAGGUGGCGUUGUUGGAGCAGCUACUGCCGCGGCUGGUUCUACAGCCGGACCGCUUGGAAUCGGAGUUGGCAUCUGGCGGAAAUGCCGCAAAGCAGCCCCUAUACCGGAGGUGGAUAGUGCUUGAAGCUAUCACCGCCGGCUGCCCUGUGGAGGUCCUGCAGCGGCACCACGACCGGCUGUGGUCGGUGGCGGCAAACGCGAACGCGAACGAGGCGCGGAGUGAAAAUGCAGCAGCAGCAGAGGCAGCAGCAUCCAGUAGCAAAAUUCGGCGGCAACUUCUGCUGGCUACUGCGGGCAGCGGCACGGCCUGCUGGGGCCGUAAGCUGGACUUUUUCAUGUCGGCUUGGGGCCCAGACGGGGUGGCGCGUGAGCUGCAGCAGAGGUUCGACCUCACAGCUUUCUGCAAUGCUGCGGCGUUGCGACCAGACUACGCGCAGCGGCUGCGGCGCCUGCACGCAGCGGGCAUGCCCCUGGGAGUGCAGGCGCUGAGGUAUGCAGCUAGGUUCGGGCACGUCGACGCGCUUACGUAUCUCUUAGACGAGGCCGGCGCACCCGCAGCAGCCAUUGACACGGCGUUUGUGUGGUCCUAUGUAUCUGAGCGCGGGCCUCAGCUUGCGGACUCGCAACUGCUAAGGUUGCUGAAGGAGCGUGGCUACGCUUUCACAGCAGCAGACGUGAAGGCGGCAGUGCGCUGGGGCUGGCCGGAUGAACCACUGAUUGCGCUGAUUCAGAUGGCGGUGGACGGUGGCUCAGAAGACGCCAAUGGCAGCGACUGGUCAGCAGCAUUCAAUUAUGCAGCCGUCGGCGGAGCCAGCACUUGCGUUAUGCAGGCGCUGCGGGCGCGCGGCGCGGUUGUGGACCUGGCGGCGGUGGCGAAGGGCGGCAGCGAGGAGGCACUGGACUGGGCGGCGGCGGAGCUUGAGGCGGAGGGGCAGGGAGGCAGCUCUGAUGGUGGUGCGCUGCUGACGCCACUGCGGGAGUCUGAGGUCCAGUGUGUACACGAACGCGGCAACCUCGCCGCCCUGCGCUGGCUGCACCGGCGCGGACUGCUGGACGGCCGCAGUGUGAGCCGGCUGGCUGGCCGCGUGGAGCUGGGGGCGGCGCCUGCAGCAGCCGGAGGGGUCGAGCACGGAGCAGGGCUGCUGGUGGGGGCCAAAAAUAAAGUGUCAGUGGAUAGGGUAGGGCAAGUACUGGCGGCGGAGACUGUGGGGGCUCUUGGGCCAUCGGCGUUCUGAGUAAUUUGGCCAAGCGUUUGCUGAGAGCAGACUCCAUGGCUGCUCAAGGUCGCUGGCGGUUUGGUUGUGCGCUCCGUCCCGGCCUUGGGCUUGGCGUGUUGGCCAUUGCAGACGGCAUAACGCACGCAGGCGGACAGGGUGCAUGCGGGGAGAGGGAAUGCUGGAGGUUGGGGCACUGUGUGAGGACUGAGGGCCGUGCUGCAGCUGCGUUUGCUGCUUGCGAGGUAGGGCACAGUAGUGGCGCGGUGGCCUGCUGGCGGGCGACACGGCGCCGUGUGGGGGGUAGCUACUUGGCACGAACGCACGCACCGGCACGCGCCGGCAUGGAUGGCUCAUGUGCACAGCUAGCGUGCGUGCAUGCGGCAUCGCCAGAUGCUGAGCAGCAAGAGGGCAUGGACUUAGUACCGUCUGUGCACCAUGAGGCGUUCGGGGUGCGCGUUGGUGAUGUUGGUUGUCGGUGGUCGUGGCUGAGCCAAGUGAAGGUAGACAGGCGUGUCGCUGCUGACACAGGCUGGAUGGCGGUUGCACGAGGCACGAGGUGCCCCCAUGCAGCAGACACGUAAUAACAAGGCAAACGAAGGCGCGCGACGAUGACAGCGUGCAUUAUGGGAACGUACAUAAUUGCGUGACAUAAUUGCGGUGAACUAGGUCGACCGGUUCCGGAUGGUCGGCCGUCUUGGACUGUCCGAUGGACGACCCUGCAAUCCGUUCUGGGAGAAGCUCGUGGAGCUGCGGUUCUGCAGGAACAACGGCACAGAGGAGGUGGAGUUCGCGGUGGACGGGGAGGCCGCAACACUCGUCAUUAAUUGGAGGCGUUUGUGAAGAGCUUCGGCAUCACUGAAGACGGCGGAUUCUUUGGACUCCAGGGCAUCCGCGUGCGGGAGGUGCAGUUCACGCUGGAGCACAGGUCGGAGCGGAACGGGCAUCUAAACGGACCACUGACGGUGCGGUUUGAGUGGGAGCUGUCGGGGGCCGUUCACGAUGUGGUGAUCAGCACCGGCUUUGGGAAGAUCAUGUGAUGUGUGUGUGAUGGGACAGUAUUAAGGCAUGUUGGUGAAGUCCCGUAGGGUUCAGACUAAUGCCCAGACCCCAGCAGAUGGCAGACAACUGAACAACGGCUGGUCGAACGCCGGAGUGACUGUACCGACAAGUUGCUGGCUGGCUGGAAGUUUGCUGACGCGCAUUCCUCACGCUCCUUGCGCCCGGCCAUACGUGUGUGACCGAGCAUCGGGCACGCCAACCCGCAUCAAUAAACACGCUUUGACCAACCUGUACAAGUGUGCCGGCGAACCUCGAACGCAUUGGAACCUAGGAGAUGCACAUGGGUGGGGCAUGGCUGGCUUUCGGGAGGGUAGCUCGGCCUGCAAUCCACAGAAUGUUGGACAGCAAUUGCAUUGCUUGGGAUGCAGGAGAUGAUUACAACCAGGUCCAAUAAGUUGUGGGGCUUGCAACAUGGCAUGGUGUCAGUGGCAUCAAUUAUGGCUAAAGCCGGCUCACUGGCUGAGCGCUGACUGCUGGGGCCGGCUGGCUGGCUUGCAGCACCGCGUCUAGGCGCCUUGCGGCUAUGCUGGACAUUACGUCAUUAGG